CAUUUGAAUCACAUCUAACGUUCAAAUUAAUUCACAACAAAAAAAAUUAGGAGGGGCGUACUAAUAAUUCUACACCUCCUGCCUUUUUUUCUUUUGUACUGACAAGGAUCUAGAAUAGAGAGAAAACACUUUUUCUAAUUCUCUAUUUUUCUAAAUAUCCUAUCUCGUUCAUUUUAAUGAUGUCAUCAAAUUAUUUUUUCAAACAUAAGACCUCAUACCAACAUCGUAUCAUUAUCAUAACAACAUCAUACAAAUAUUAUAUCACUAUCAUAUCAACAUUAUAUCACUGUUAGUGGUAAUAGCGUAAUAUCGCAACGGUAAGAUGACCUAAAAAUUUUGCUCUUGGAAAUGUCAAAUUGGAUAUCAUCUUGUAGAAAGCAAAAAAAUUGAUUUUUAAGUGCAACAUUUUUUGAAAUCUAAUGUAAAUUGAAUGAGACAAGGUUCGUUAACUGCCGUCUAUAAAUCCGCGCCAGCCCCCCAAAAUUCGGUCAGCUAUCCCUAAAAUGUGGUCAACUCUCUCGCUAAACUCUUACGUUCUCUCAUGACCCUUCGAUAAAGAUGAUCAUUUUACCACUUCCCUCUCAAUCUCAGUCGUCAAUUAUGAUUCUGCAGUACUACAAAACUAUAGAGUUUUCUACCCAAACCCUAUUAUUAGAGUUGUAGGGAGUUUGGCGGUGAAAGAAGGGGUCGACUAGGAUUAGGUUUUUAUUAGGGUUUUAUUAAGAGUUGUAGAGAGUUUGGCGGUGAAAGAAGGGGUUGACUAGGAUUACGUUUUUAUUAGGAUUUUUGGUCUUUUAAAUAUAUACUUUGUUUGGAUCUUAUCUCUCUCGCAAAAUUUUAAUUCUUUCUCCUCUCUAUUUAGGCCGCUGACUAUUUUUCCUCUUUUCCCUCAAUUUCUUCCUUUAGCUAUGUCUCUAAUUUAAUGUCGCUUGUCCCUUUAAUUCCCCUCUUCGAUCCCUAAAUCUACCCUCAAUUUAGUUUCGAAGUUAAAUAAAUGAUGAGUUCGUGAAUAAUUAUUUUAUGUUUCUCACAACAAAUUUCGAAGUUAAAUAAAUGAUAGAGUUCAUGAAUAUUUAUUUAACCGGAUAUAUAAAAAGAGAUAUAUCUUUAAUAAUAUAGACCAUUAACUAUAUUUUAGAUUUUCUCAUAUAAAACAUCAAACUUGUAACUUGUAUAGGACAGUAAUCUUUUUCUUCGAAAUUAUAUCAAUCAAACAUCAAAUUUUUAUAUUUUUAUCGAAAUAACAUAUUUUAAAUAUUUAUUAUUAUGUAAUAGAAGACGUUGACCAAAUUCCUAGCUAUGCCACUGCUAGCGGAUAUCCGCAAAUGAAAAGAUAUGGGAUGGAUUAAAAGAAGGGAACUUCCAAGGAUUUGUCUAAAAAGCUUUGUAGCUUAUCUCAGCAGAUCUCCAGACUCUCUUUUUUCUCUCUUUAAUUCACUGUGUUUCCCUUUCAGCUUUCACUCAUUCAAAUGAAGCAAGCAAUUGACCUUAUUAAUCAAAGCUGACACAGGGAGAAAAGGCUCUCUCCUUGUAUUAGCUAGUCUACUCACCACCAACAACAACAUAUUUAGUAAAACUAACCAUCAUUUCCCCUUUCACUAAUAUACAUCACAUAAACAAAACACCCCUUUUUCCUUCUAACUUUAUUCUCAGAUAUUGGUGUCCCAUAGAAUCUGUUCUAAAACUGGUAAUGUCCACCACCCUUCAAGUUUCUUGACUGCUUUUGGUCAUUAUUUGCCUUGCACCAGUUUCUGAUUUUGUCCCAUACAAUACACAUGAAGGUAACAACAGUCUGCAGAAGUUGCUUUUUCUCUUGGCAGCCAUUGGAAGGGAAACAGGAUAUACCAACUUUCUGGGUUUUUUGAGGAUUCUGGAUUCAGCUAGAAAAGAUGAACUCCUGGGUUGUUAUCAUAGUAUUGAGUAUGGUACUUGUUGGAGAUGCUGUGGUAGGGGGGAAGCCGCGGCGGGUUGUCUUGGAUACUGAUAUGGACACUGAUGAUUUCUUUGCUCUUCUGUACCUCUUGAAGCUUAACCAAUCAGAUUUUGCAGUUGAGGCAGUGACCAUCAGUGCAAAUGCCUGGAGUAAUGCAGGACAUGCAGUGAACCAAGUAUAUGAUAUCCUGUACAUGAUGGAUCGCGAUGAUGUCCAUGUCGGUGUUGGAGGGGAAGGUGGUGUUCUUGAUGAUGGCACCAUACUCACCAAUGUAGGUGGAUACCUUCCAUUGAUUGAACAGGGGAUGACAACAGCAGGAAGUUGCAGAUACAGACAGGCGAUUCCAGUUGGUGGGGGAGGGAGGUUGGACAGGGAUUCUAACAUGGGUCUCAGGAGGGCAUUCCUUCCCCAGGGAAUUAGGAGGUAUGUCCCUCUUCGACAGCCUACAUCGCAGCAAGUGCUUAUAGAGAAAGCAUCUGCAGGUCCCAUAACCAUACUCAUGAUAGGUUCUCCAACAAAUAUAGCCAUUUUUUUGAUGAACAAUCCACAUUUGAGGAAGAACAUAGAACAUAUUUACAUCAUGGGAGGUGGUGUGAGGUCAAGAAACCCUGCUGGCUGCUGUCCUCCGAAUGCUACUGUUUCUUGCCAGCCAAAGCAGUGUGGUGACCCUGGGAAUCUGUUUUCUUCCUAUGAGAGCAACCCUUAUGCUGAAUUUAACAUAUUUGCAGACCCUUUUUCUGCAUACCAGGUUAUUCAUUCAGGAAUUCCAGUCACUCUAGUGCCCUUGGAUGCAACAAAUACCAUUCCGACAGAUCCGGAGUUCUUUGAAGUGUUUGAACAGAAACAGGCAACAUAUGAGGCACAAUACUGCUACAAAUCCUUGAAAAUGGCCCGGGACACUUGGUUGGAUAACCAAUUCUACUCAAGCUACUACAUGUGGGACUCUUUCACAUCUGGUGUGGCAGCUUCCAUCAUGCUGCAAAAUCCACAUAACAGCAAAAAUGGAGAGAAUCAGUUUUCAGAGAUGGAGUACAUCAACAUCACUGUGGUGACCUCAAAUCAACCUUAUGGGAUCAAUGAUGGCUCUAAUCCAGCCUUUGAUGGCCGUCGUGUUCCCAAAUUUGGUCUGGAGAAAGGUGGGAUUCAUAGUGGACAUGUCCAGACAAGCCCUAGAGAUCCAUUCUGCAUAGGGAAGAAUGGCAAAGGCAAAUGCCAGGAUGGCUACACAAAGGAGACAGCAGGUCCAGAUUCAGUACAAGUUCUUGUUGCCACAAGAGCAAAGGCUAGUGCAGAACCUAAUAGCCAGCUGAAGAAAGCAUUUUUCAAGAGCUUCUUAGAUGUUCUGAAUCACCCUCAUCAGUCUGGGAAGUUCAAUUUCACAAACCAAUUUCCUUACUACAGAGAAGUUCUUCACAAACCAGACUUUGGGACUAAGAGACUAAGGAAACCUGUUGUGUUUGACAUGGAUAUGAGCCCUGGAGAUUUCCUGUCCCUUCUUUAUCUCCUUAAAGUACCUGUAGAAGUGAUCAACAUAAAGGCUAUCAUAGUAAGCCCGACUGGGUGGGCAAAUGCUGCAACGAUAGAUGUUGUUUAUGACUUGCUCCACAUGAUGGGCCGCGAUGACAUCCCUGUAGGGCUUGGAGAAGUGAUUGGAACAAACCAGUCUAAUCCAAAGUUCCCUGAUUCAGUUGGAGGCUGCAAGUAUUCCAAGGCCAUCCCUCAAGGUAGUGGUGGAUUUCUUGAUUCUGACACAUUAUACGGUCUAGCUCGAGACUUGCCUCGAAGCCCCAGGAGGUACACCGCAGAAAACUCUGUAGCAUUCGGAGCCCCUCGAGACACUGAGCACCCCGAGCUCAGGCAGCCCCGAGCAAAUGAAGUAUGGGAAUCAGUGAUGAAGUCAUUGGAAUCUGCAGGAUCCAAAAUCACUUUGCUGACAAAUGGACCUUUAACUAAUCUAGCUAAGAUUAUUCUGUCCGAGGACUACAAAAGCUCUAUGAUACAGGAAGUUUAUGUGGUAGGAGGACACCUCAGCAAUGGAUGCUUUGAUAAGGGUAACCUCUUAAACAAGCAUCCAAACGAUUAUGCAGAGAUGAACAUGUUUCUUGAUCCGUUUGCUGCAAAAACUGUCUUUGAAUCAUCACUCAACAUUACACUAAUUCCGCUAGAAGCUCAACGUGAAGUCAGUUCCUUCUCUAAACUCAUACAAAGGCUCAGGUGGACAAAUAAUACCCCCGAGGCAUUGUUUACCAACCGCUUGAUCUCGAUGCUUAAUCGCCUGCAACAUAUUCAUAACAGAUAUCAACACAUGGACAUAUUCCUGGGGGAAAUUCUUGGUGCAAUAGUUUUGGCUGGUGACCAUUCUGUAGUGAAGCCUGUGCUACAAGUCAAACCCAUUAAGGUCCUUGCUGGAGGUGAUGAAUCCACUGAUGGCCAAAUCGUGAUCGAUGAGAAGCAAGGGAAAUCAGUCAAAGCAUUGAAAUCUAUAGACCCAGAUGCAUAUUACGAAGCAUUCGCAAAUCAACUAGGGGAAAAGGAGCAAUCUGCUGUUAUAGGAAGCUUUGAGGAGCAGAAAAGAAUCUGGAACACACCACCAAAAUAACACCAAGAAUCUGCACCAGACUAAUUGACACGGAAAAGUUUUAGUUUUUAUUAAUACUUGCCUAUUAGAAGGAGAUAUAGGAAAAUGGAUACUCAAAGCAAAAAACAGAAUACAGUUCAUAUAGAAAGGUCAUAUACAGAUUGUGUUCUAUCUACUCUAAUAAAGCAGUGUCUAAUCAGAAUGGUAGGUUGUAAAAGUUGAUAUUUGAGAGUAUAGCGUACCAAUCCUCGUGCCUUAUUACUGAAAAUUCGUUAACUAUUUUAUUUCUAAGCAAUUGAGGAUUAACUAGCCAAUCAGGAUUUAACAGCAUGUGUUGAUCAGCAAGAAAAAAAGGAUUUGGAUCAGCCGACUAUUUUAUCAGUCUGAGAUUCUGAAUUCAUGGUUGGGGGAAUUCUACAGAGUUGUUUUACUUUACUUUACUUUCCUUUUCAUUUAUCCUAUAAAAGAAUUGGUGUUUUUCCAACAUGGAUUCACACUUGGGUUGAUUGAGCUGACAGAAAAGGUUUUGUUUUUGUUUUCCUUCCAAUGAUGAUUCUCACUACUCACUAGCUAACAGAGGAAAUCAUUCAAGAUUUGAUGAGUGGCCAGCAACUGUUUGGUGUGAUUUGGUUGAUGGGAAUUGGCCCAUUUCCCUUUUUAAAGCUCAAUCAUGUGCUAGGAGUAUCAUAUGCCACCACUAACUUCCAUGUUUUGUUUGUUUGCAUAAUUUUUUGGGGGGAAGAAAGGAACAGAAGACACAAGACAGAAGGACAGCCUCAGCAGAGUAAGGAGUUGACUGUUUCUGAGGAAUCAAAUCUUUCCCAGCUGAGAUGGGAGAUGAUUUCGAGUCCCCACAACAUUCAUAGUUGGCACACUUGAGUUCUUGUGAAGAUUUUGCUAUUUGUUUACCUAGGAAGGCAUGUUUGUUUUGUGACAUAUGGGGCCAUUAGCUAGACAAGUGUUGAUUUGCUUCCAUGAUCCUCGAACCUAUCAGAUUUCUACUUCAAACGCAAGAUUUCUCGUUAUAAUUUCGUCUGAACAUUAACUAUCAGUCACAUGAUGUCGAACCAACAAGAUACAUCUUAAGGUUUAUCUACAAAUCAUUGUAUCAGUUGAACUAGAGGGUGAUAACUAAACUUUCAUCACAGCAAAUCAUUACACGCCGAACAGUUAACAUGACAGUAGCCAACAUGAAACGACAAUCCAGGAACACGAAACCAAUUGUAACAUCAAGAAGCAGAGAAGGGAAGGACAGGUUCUAUUCUAUUGAAAAGAUGCCAAUCAAAUGUUUCACAAGCAUGCAUCAAUACAUAGCACAAACAACCUCCCCUCACUAGUUAAGAACAGAAACCUUAUGGGGAGGGAAAUCAUAAAGCAUGAAGAAGAAGAAGAACAACAUCACAAGGAAAUAGCAGCUUUCUCUACAUUAAAACAACUUCCCAUUCUCUUCUUCUCACCACUUGCUCAUAGGAAAUUGAGCUCUUCCGUAGGAACUGAUCCCCCAGCCGCUACGAUUAGCUAAGCUAUUAUUGCGACGUGCCCACAAGAGCACAACAGCCUAGUCGCCUCUCGCUCGAGUUCGUGGUCAUGGUGGCCAAUUCACCUUUUCUCUCGUGGUCGUGGUCGUGUCAUUUGCAACAAGCACCACAUCCAUUUAGUUCUUUUCCUUAGUUUUUUCUUAACGUCUAUUUGCCGCCAACUAAAAAAAAAAUUGAAUUCAAA